ACUGACAGGUAUAAAGAUCCCUCCGCGCCGCCUCCCCGCACUCACUGACUCACUGACUCACUGACUCGGAGGGAGAAGCCGCGCAGGCAGAGCAACAUGGCGACCGUAAAGGAUAAACUCAUUCACAAUCUGCUCAAGGAGGAGUCGCUCCCCCAAAACAAGGUCACCAUUGUGGGUGUCGGGGCCGUUGGCAUGGCCUGUGCCAUCAGCGUCCUGCAGAAGGAUUUGGCAGAUGAGCUUGCACUCGUUGAUGUGAUUGAGGACAAACUAAAGGGGGAAAUGAUGGAUCUGCAGCACGGCAGCCUCUUCCUCCGUACCCCCAAGAUUGUGUCUGGGAAAGAUUACAGCGUCACAGCAAACUCCAGGCUGGUGGUGGUGACGGCGGGGGCCCGGCAGCAGGAGGGGGAGAGUCGCCUCAACCUGGUUCAGCGCAACGUCAACAUCUUCAAGUUCAUCAUUCCCAACAUCGUGAAGUACAGCCCCCACUGUACCCUCCUCAUCGUCUCCAACCCCGUUGACAUUCUGACCUACGUGGCCUGGAAGAUCAGUGGUUUCCCCAAGAAUCGCGUGAUUGGCAGCGGCUGCAACUUGGACUCCGCCCGGUUCCGUUACCUCAUGGGGCAGAAGUUCGGGAUCCACACCCAGAGCUGCCACGGUUGGGUCAUUGGGGAACACGGAGACUCGAGCGUGCCAGUCUGGAGUGGGGUGAACGUGGCGGGCGUCUCCCUGAAAUCCCUGCACCCCGACAUGGGCACGGAGUCGGACAAGGAGAACUGGAAGGAGGUGCACAAGCAGGUAGUGGACAGUGCCUAUGAAGUCAUCAAGCUGAAGGGCUACACCUCGUGGGCGAUUGGCCUGUCCGUGGCCGACCUGUCCGAGAGCAUCCUGAAGAACCUGCGCCGGGUCCAUCCCAUCUCCACCAUGAUCAAGGGCAUGUACGGGGUGAAUGACGACGUCUUCCUCAGCGUCCCCUGCGUCCUGGGCAACUUGGGCAUCACCGACGUGGUGAACAUGCCGCUGAAGGCCGAUGAAGAGGAGCGGCUGCGCAAGAGCGCCAGUACCCUGUGGGCCAUUCAGAAGGAGCUGCAGUUCUGACCCGUUGGUCCAACUUGCACUAAGGAUUAGGUCAAUGUGUGUAGUGUUUGUGUCUCUCAAGCCCCUCCCACCCCCGGGCAGAUCCCGCCCACAGAACAAACUCCUCGGGGGAGUCUGGGUAAUGUCCCCACUUCCAUUGGACCAGAAUGGGGGGUACCGGGGGGGGAACCCAUUUAGAAUGCACUUUCCUGAAUGUCUCAGGUUCAACCAUUCGCCCAAAGAGAAAUCUAUAUAAUAAUAUAUGCCGCCAUUUUGUCUGUGUGACUCCGCCCCCUUGUGUCCCCGCCCACUGUCUCUCGUCCUCCUUGUUCCCAUGUGACAAUAAAUAUUGGACCUGCCGCCUGGUCCCAACUGAACCCCAGAA